UUGCGAGCAGGCAACGAGAGGACAUCUAUGGCAACUAUUAGGCGAGGACUUGCACUUUUUUUGCACCAGGGUUUUUCUCCUCAGGUGAUGUCGGAAGGCUGCCAAGUUUGCUAACUCUUCAUUGCCGCUCCUCCGAUGGCUCAGACAUUCGGGACCAAUCUCUCCGUGGGGUAGUUACUCUGAAAAGGCCGCUUUGAAGUUAAAAAGGAAAAACAAAAAAGAAGUCAUGCCACGACCAGGGAAAAACUCCUACAGUGACCAGAAGCCUCCCUAUUCGUACAUCUCCCUCACGGCCAUGGCCAUCCAGAACUCCCAAGACAAGAUGCUCCCCCUGAGCGACAUUUACAAGUUCAUCAUGGAGCGCUUUCCCUACUACAGGGACAACACGCAGCGCUGGCAGAACUCCCUGCGGCACAAUCUCUCCUUCAACGACUGCUUCAUCAAGAUUCCGCGACGGCCCGACCAGCCGGGCAAGGGCAGCUUCUGGGCCCUGCACCCGGACUGCGGCGACAUGUUUGAGAACGGUAGCUUCCUGCGCCGCCGCAAGCGUUUCAAGGUGCUGGCGGCGUGCAAGAGCUCGCCCAUGUUGCACUACUUCCACCAUCACCACCAUCAUCAUCACAAGCCGGAGCAGCGGGAGCCCCCCGGCCGCCUGCCCCUCAUGCACCCGCCCACGCCGCCCGCCCACUUCCAAGGCUACCCGGGCAUCCCCUGCGCCCAGCCGGGUGUCUUCAAACACCCGUUCGCCAUCGAGAACAUCAUAGGCCGCGACUACAAGGGCGUGGUGCCCCUCACCUCGGUCAUGCACCAUCUGGGCUACCCGGUGCCCCCUCAGCUGAUGACCUCCGUGUGGCCCCACGUCGGGAUGCUCUCCGAGCCUCUGGCGCCGUCCCCGGAGUACGUGCCCUUCGGGGUCCCGACCAAAAGCCUGUAUCACCACAGUGCCAACGGGCCCGGGCUACCCGCCGUGCCGGUGCCGAUAAAGCCCACGCCGACGCUCAUGUCACACGGUCUGAGCGGGAUGUCCUCUUCUAGCAGCUCCACCUCCUCCUCAAGCCACCACGGUGACGCUCUGGAGGGGAAAGGCAACCUCCUGCACCCGGCCCUCCUUCUGUCUUAAUCGCACGGUGGAUGACGGCGCGGCAAAAGAGGGUGAAAAAAGAUUUGUAUAGGCCGAUUGUAUCUUUUUGUUUGCACAUUUGAUUUACUGCAUUUGCCAUGUCUUACUAAAUAGUACAAUCAGACACGCUGAACCCAAAGAAAAUGUAGUCGGAAAGUUUCUCUCAAAUUCAAUGUACAUUUUAUUGACGACAAAUGCAUUUUCCUCCAUUCGUCAUUUUUAUAUGCUUGGUUGUAGCAGUGUAUUGCUUGUAUGAGAAAUAUUUAUCUGAAGAUUUAUAAAGAAUUCACAAAUGAUGGUCCUCAAGUGUUAUUUAUUUACGUGCAUAUUUUGGGCCAGUGAAAAUAUCAGCC